UCGACUUCCCAUUGCCGUGUCCAUUGGAGGUCUUUGAGAUGUUGGUGGUCCCGGAGCAGACCUACCCUCUGAUCUGUGUAGCAGUCAGUAAAGGCACCGAACUCAACCAGGUGGUCCGGUUCGGCACCGUCAACCCCAACUCUACCUCCUCUUGGUUCACAGAAGCAGACACACCCCAGACGUGCGUGAUCCACGUCACUCAGCUAGAGAGAGACACUAUCCUAGUCUGCCUCGACAGGUGUAUAAAGAUCGUGAACCUCCAGGGAAGGUUGAAAUCCAGCAGGAAGUUGUCAGCCGAGCUCACCUUCAAUUUCCAGAUUGAAUCCACAGUUUGUCUCCAAGACAGUGUUCUGGCCUUUUGGAGGCAUGGCAUGCAGGGACGGAGUUUCAAGACCAAUGAGAUCACCCAGGAGAUCUCUGACAGCACACGUAUCUUCAGGCUACUGGGAUCAGACAGGUGAGACGGCACACACACACCCCAACACAUACACA